ACAUAUUUUUUGAAAUACAACAACUGAUCUACAAUAUAUUCCACCAUGAAGUCUGUUAUCGCUCUUUUCGUCACCCUCCUCGCUACCGCUUCGGCCUUCGCCCCUGUGCAACAAACUGUUGGUGCGUAACAAAAAUGCAAUCGGAAUCGUCGCAAAUAUCUCGUAGGAUGAAGGCGCAGAACGGCUUUGUUAUUUCGGAAUCGGAGGCAUGAACCUUUCGGCUCAGCUUCCGAUCGAGGCUAUCUCCAUCUAAGGACAGAGCGAUUUCACUGUCGAGUACACAAGAAAUUGCACUGCAUCUUGCUAUGAAAUGGAAAUUCAAGUCACAGUGGAAAUCGUCCUCUACUCAAAUACCAUGGCGCUUGAAAGAAUAUAUAGCACAUGGCAAAAAGAAAGACUAUGUUCCUCGAUGCAGUGAGAAUGGACGAACGAAGCACGUUCACGUCGAACUCUGUGGUGGUAUCACUCUUGUCGAAGUAUUGGUUUUCAACCCUUGUUAACUCACCCCUUCUUUUGUUUUUUCUAUCCAACAGCCCGUGCCGCCACCACUUCUCUUUCCAUGGCCGCCCAAUCCCCUGAAUUGAAGAAGGGCAUGAUCGCCGCCAUGGGAGCCGCCGUCCCUACCGUCUUCUCCUCUCUCGCCACCGUUGCCACCGAGGGUACCUCCGAAUGGUUCGGUGUUGACGACACCCGUCUCUUGGCCGUUCUCUUCGUUGUCCACUGGGCCAUCCUUACCUUGUGGCUUCAACAAUACGGAGAUGCCGAUGAGGACGAAGAUUUCUUCGGAGAAAUCGACUACACCGGAAACUAAAUUAUCUCGAUUCAAUUUAGUCAGAUGGAAUAGAAUGGAAGCAAACAAUGCCGUCUGUUUCCAGAAAGUUUUCUAGACAUACCACAGCACACCACAGUCCAAGCGUUUUCUGACGUGAUUGCCAGGGAGGAAAACAAACCAACUGCAUGCUUCCGAUGCCGAUGGGAACUCGGCGCAGUGGUCCAGUUUGUCCACGCUAUAGUAAUAGAGGAUAGAUCGCGAACACCGGAAUGUAAUUACGUAUAGCAAUUGUUGUCGUACCCACUCGAAUUUCUAUAAGACAGUAAGCGUGAA